GUGUGUUGUUACGAUUCCGGAAGGAACCAAUAGCAGUGACAGCUGAUAUCCAACAGAUGGUCUACUGUUUUCAUGUGACUGAAGAACAUAGAAACAUCCUCAGAUUCCUAUGGUAUCACAGGACAAUGAUACAAACAAGAAAGUGAUCGAGUAUAGGAUGAAAGUACAUGUCUUCGGAAACCGUCCAUCACCCGCGGUUGCAGCAUAUGGUUUGCGCAAGACAGCUUUGAUUAGUUCUGGCGAGUUCGGCUUGGACGUGACAGACUUCAUCAUGAACAAUUUCUACGUAGAUGAUGGCCUCACAUCUGUUCCUACAGAAGAACAGGCAGUCACCUUGAUAGUUGGCACACAGUCAGCUUUGAUGAAAAAUGGUAAUUUGCGCCUUCACAAGAUUGCCUCGAACAGUAUGAAUGUGUUGAAUGAUUUACCCCGUGAAGAUUUAGCCAGAAAUCUAACAGAUAUAGACCUUUCCUGCAGUGAGAUUCCAUUACAACACAGCCUAGGACUCUGCUGGAAUAUAAAGAAUGACACUUUCACGUUUCAAGUAUCGAAAGAUGUGAUUUACUAUGAUUAAAUUUGACUGGGAAAAAAGGUAGAAACAAAAAGAAGAGAAGUGAAAGUGACGAUGAGCAUAUUGAACAUAAACGCAUAAGUACACAGCAGUCGCCAGAGGGAUUAAUUAGCCAGGUGUUGAGCGAAGCUAACUCCAUAUUGUACGAGGAUAGGAUUAACAUUCCAAUCACCAACUUAUAUGAACCUCUUUCAAGCCUAGGAUCCGGAAAGUAUGGAAGACAAGUCGGGUAGUAGUGCAUCAAAUGCUUCAAAUCCUACAAACUCGGAUAUUAUUGCAUUGUUGGGCCGUAUGGAUUUAAAGUUAAGUGAUAUGGAUUCUCGACUCAGAAAACUGGAUGGUCUUGACGUCAAGGUUGAUAACUUUGAUAGGGAACUGAAAAAGUUGUGGCUACAUAUAGACACAUUUACGAAGGAAAAUCGGGCCAAACUUGAUCGUUUAGAACAUAAGGUAGAUUCAGUAGACGUGGAGUUGGAGGGGGCCAGGAGAAGGAUCGCAGACCUUGAACGCGACAAAGAUAAGCUCAAAGACGAUAUGAACUAUGUACAAUCGCAGAGCAUGAGGAACAAUCUGAUCUUCGGUAACAUACCGGAAGAGGAGGGAGAGACGCCAGCGCGGACGGAGCGGAUUGUGAGGGACUUUAUUGUUGAUAAAUUGAAAGUGGCUCGCGAAGCAGUUGAUAACAUGCGGUUUGAGCGGGUACAUCGAAUGGGACAGAAGCAGAAUCAAGUGGGCAGGAGCGGAGCGGCCGGAAGUGCCAAUACAAAACCUAGAAGUAUCGUAGGGAAAUUCUGUUUCUUCGGGGAUCGGGAACAAGUAAGAAGUAACAGCAGAAAUCUAAGCGGAACGAACCUUUAUGUUACAGAGCAGUUUCCGCCGGAAGUAGCCGCAAAGAGACGACGACUCUUCAGACGGGUAAAAGAAGAGAAGCAAGCCGGCAGAAAGGCAUGGGUAUCAUACGAUACUCUCUACGUGGACGGGAAGCAAGUGAAGGAGGCGUAGGACGGGCCGGAUGGGCUACAGUGUCUUGUGUGGAACAUUAAUGGACUGAGUGCUGCUAAACCGUUUGGAAGAAGAUAUUAACCACUACCAAUCAUUAGGUACAGUAAUGAUCGCUGGGGACUUUAACGCCAGGACUUCAUGCAAAUCAGAUAGUAUAAUAUGUGAUAUGUAUAUACCGGGUAUAGAUUCAGAGGAUUAUAUAUGUGAUUUCCCACUUCCAAGAUAUUCGCUAGAUAAGGGCAAUAACGCACAUGGAAAUAAAUUGCUGGACUUGUGUAAAGCGACUUCAUUAAAAAUCGUAAAUGGCCGUUUAGGAGCGGACUUUGGUAUUGGUAGUUAUACAUGUUUUAAUACAAACGGUUCAAGUGUUAUUGACUACUUGUUACUUAGCCAACACAAUUUUAAAUUGGUGAAUAAAUUGGCUGUUGAACCAUUUAAUAUUUACAGUGACCACGCUCCUUUAGCAUUUAAUAUUCUAUGCAAUACGCAUGUUACUAAAGACAUACCUUAUGCAUGUGAUUAUUUAAAAUGGAGUGACGAAGAAAAAUAUGUGUUCAGAAAUGGUUUGAUUGCCAGAACUACAGACUUUAAUACAAUACUUCAGAACACUGAUGUUGAUUUUGUUGUCAAUGGUUUUACUGAUAUUGUUCGUGAAGUAGCGGAUCCAUUGUUGGUCAAGCAUGCUAUGAAAUACCCUUGUUUCGAAGAACGUGUUACUACGGAGUCGUCGAAAUGGUUCGACCAGGAAUGUAAAAAUGCUUAAUAUGUGUAUAAAAACGCUUUGUUUGUUUAUAACAAUUCUCGUGACGAGAAUGACAGGAUUGAAUUAUGUAGAUUGAAGAAACUGUAUAAAAAUAUUGUUUCCAGGAAACGGAGAGCAUUUAAGUUCAAACGAUGCCAAGAGUUUGAACAAUUAAAGCGUCGUAAACCCAAAGAUUUUUGGUACAAAAUAUCAUGCAUCACAUGUUUCCGUGACUAUUAUGUUCUUAUAUUGAACAAUAUUUAAGACAAUAUUAUGUUCCAAAAUAACUUUGUAACGAAAUAUGUCAUACGUUAUGUUAAACAACAUUUAAAGUCUAGUUAUAUUAGUUCAUCCACAGCUAUCCGUUUAUUAUGUGUCUGCUUACUACAUUGUAUAAUUGUACAAUUCAUGUAUUUGUAUACAAUAUAUGUAUUUGUAUGCAAUAUGUAUGUUUAUCACAAAAAACUGUAUAAGUUUAAGUGAAAAUAAAAUCUGUUCUGUUCUGUUCUGUUCUGUGAAACCGUUCACACGCCGUGGCAUUUUGUCUACAAUCAAUAGUGUUUACGACCCUGUGUGUAUUUUUUAGACAUUUAAGACAGUGUAUAAGUGAAACUUCAUAAUUGAAGAUGUGUUAAUUUGUCAUGUUUGUAACAAUAAUUGUUGACCAAAAGCACAAACCCAAUGCGCUGAAACAAGAAAAUAUGCCAGAGAAGGAAGA